AUGGCGUGCAGUGAAUUGACAGGAUACAACAAGAACAAAUUUCAGGUGCCUUGGUUUUCUUCAGGGCAAUUCGUAAUUUUAUUGCUAUGUGUUUGUUUGCUACGAGAAAUUCCUGUUACACAAGGUGAACAGUCUGUGCCUUACACUGCCGGGUAUAUUGACCAGUAUGUAGACCACUUUAAUUUCGCCAAGUUCGGCAACAAAACCUUCAAACAGAGAUACUUAAUCCAAGAUAAAUGGUGGGAUAAAAUUAACAACGGCCCCAUUUUCUUCUAUACUGGAAAUGAAGGACCUAUUGAAGCAUUUUGGAAUGCCACUGGGUUGAUGUUUGAUCUUGCCCCUCGAUUUGGUGCUUUGGUAUUAUUUGGAGAACAUAGAUACUAUGGAGAGUCACUUCCAUUUGGUCCAACCAAAAGUUUUCAGAUUCCUUAUAUUGGUCUCUUGACAAUGAGACAAGCUUUGGCAGAUUUUGCUCAUCUUGUUAACACCCUGAAGAAUCAGCUUGGAGCCCAAAAGUCUCCUGUUAUUGCAUUUGGUGGAAGUUAUGGAGGAAUGCUGGCUGCAUAUUUCCGAAUGAAACAUCCAAGUGUCUGUGAUGGCAGCAUUGCAGCCAGUGCCCCAAUUUACCUUCUGAAUCCGAAAUUCGAUCAUGGUUUUUUCUUUACUGAUGUCACUAAGGAUUUUGCCAAUUCUUUCUUUGGUUGUGUUUCGAGAAUCAAAAAGGCUUUUAUCAAGAUGAAUGAGUUAAUGGCAGAAGGCAAAAAAGGGAUGGACGCCUUGAGCAGGUACUUCAGACUCUGUAAACCAUUAACUAAUAAAUCUUCCUACACACACCUUUUGGGCUGGAUUCGUAAUGCUUUUGCAAAUAUAGCUAUGUUUGAUUACCCAUAUGCAACUAGCUUCCUUCCAGUUGGCCAUCCUGUCGAUGCUUCCUGUGAGCAUAUUUUAGCAGCAUCUGAUGAUAUUUCUGGAUUGGCUGUAGCUUCUGGUGCUUAUUAUAAUGCCACUGCUGGUCCACUGCAAUGUUUUGACAUUGAAAAGGAGUAUGUGUCUUGUUCAGACCCAACUGGAUGUGGAGUAGGGCCAAAUGCCUGGGCCUGGGAUUAUCAAGCCUGUACAGACUUGCUGCUUCCUCCUGGUACUAACAAUGUAACAGAUAUGUUUCCUGUUCUUCCUUUCAACAACACUUUGCGAAAUGAAUACUGUAUGAAGACAUGGGGAGCAAAGCCAAACCCUGACUGGGCAUAUUGGGGACAAGACUUGAGAACAACAAGCAACAUAGUAUUUUCUAAUGGUGAUUUAGAUCCUUGGCACCGUGGUGGGGUUCUGAACCCUAUUUCAAAAACUGUGCAAGCUUUCAUGGUCAAAGAUGGAGCUCAUCAUUUGGAUUUAAGAGGUCACAAUCCACAAGAUCCAGUCAGUGUCCUAAAGGUGAGAGCUCAAGAAGCAGCAAUGAUCCAACAAUGGGUGAUGAAAAAGAAAUACGGGUAUCAAUAA